GUCCUCCUCUCCGUCUUAGCCUAUUUCACCCCCAGACAGACCUCUCUCAAUGCAUCCCCUCUAUAAAAUAAGGGGGCUGGACUCUUCAUCUAAGGCUAUUCUAAAAGCCUGAAAUCGCCCGGGGCAUCCUGGGGUGACCUGGGUUCUUAAAGGGCCAGUCCCUCAGCGAACCUGCUAAAGUACAAGGGGUGAAGAGACCCCAGGAGAGGGGAGAUUUUUGGAGAAGGGGAGUCAUUGGUGGUCUAUCGGCCCGUGCCAGUUUAAUCCAUUCCUGGGAUCAGCUUAUUAUUGUGGGGUCAAAUGGUCAGCCUGGGGAUCAGCGGGACAUCAUCAUUAGUCACUCCCAUUACAAGGGGUCUGGAGGAAGAGGGGCACAGUAGAAUGAGUUGGAAGCCCCCAGCAGCUGUUUUAUAGAAGGACCCACCACCCCGUCGCGGGUGCAGCUUCUGCGCAGGAUCCGGUCCAUCCCUUCUAGAUUCCCUACUGCAUUCUGGGACAUGUAGUCUCGGAUUAGUCUUAGAGCUCGCUUGGAGAGGAAGAACUUUACGCGGUGCAUGAUGGGAGACGCGGUGCGGCGACGGCGACGGCCUCGAAAAAAGCGGCUUUCUGGGACUUGAAGUCCGAGGCUUGUCUCCACUGUCCGGCUGGCGUCCCUGGAGUCGGAGACGGGCGAGUCCUGGAGAAGAGCACGCCGGGGUUUGUAGUCCUCUGACUUCCUCUAGCUCGAGCUUUUCCCGGAGGCCAGGAAGCCUCGAGGACUUCAGGUCCCAUAAUCCACGUCCCGCCGAGCAGGAGGGUAGGCAGGCGAGCGGGGCGGGGCGCGGCCUGGGGGGACUCCUUGUAGCCUCCUCCCCAGCUGAGCCGGGGUCCUAGCCUGGGAACCCGGGGCUCGCCAGGGGCCCCGUGGUCGUCGUGAUGCAGAAGUAUGAGAAACUGGAGAAGAUAGGCGAAGGCACCUAUGGAACCGUGUUCAAGGCCAAGAACCGAGAGACCCACGAGAUCGUGGCACUUAAACGGGUUCGCUUGGACGAUGACGACGAGGGGGUCCCGAGCUCAGCCCUGAGAGAGAUCUGCCUGCUUAAGGAACUGAAGCAUAAGAACAUUGUCAGGCUUCAUGAUGUUUUGCACAGUGACAAGAAACUGACCCUGGUUUUUGAGUUCUGUGACCAAGAUUUGAAGAAAUAUUUUGACAGUUGCAAUGGAGACCUGGACCCCGAGAUUGUGAAGUCAUUCCUUUUUCAACUGCUUAAAGGCCUUGGAUUCUGCCACAGCCGUAAUGUUCUGCACCGGGACCUGAAGCCCCAGAACCUUCUAAUUAAUCGGAAUGGGGAGCUCAAGCUGGCUGAUUUUGGCUUGGCGCGAGCCUUUGGGAUCCCUGUUCGAUGUUACUCUGCAGAGGUGGUCACUUUGUGGUACCGUCCGCCAGAUGUCCUAUUCGGGGCCAAACUAUACUCCACAUCCAUUGACAUGUGGUCAGCUGGAUGCAUCUUUGCAGAACUGGCCAAUGCUGGGCGGCCUCUCUUCCCUGGGAAUGAUGUAGAUGAUCAGCUGAAAAGAAUCUUCCGGCUGCUGGGGACCCCAACUGAAGAGCAGUGGCCUGCCAUGACCAAGCUUCCAGACUACAAGCCUUACCCCAUGUAUCCAGCAACGACAUCACUUGUCAAUGUUGUCCCCAAGCUCAACGCCACAGGGAGGGACCUACUGCAGAACCUGCUCAAGUGUAACCCAGUUCAACGCAUCUCAGCGGAAGAAGCUUUGCAGCAUCCCUACUUCUCUGACUUCUGCCCUCCCUAGCCAGGGGUCUCCUUUGCCCUUUCCAUGUCCAGAGAACCGAGUCCACUACCCUCGACCCCUCUAGGUCCUCAGAUUGGGAGCUGCUCGAUGCGCUCUCGCCUUGCUGGCCCAUCCUCUUCCCUACCUACCCAGGGACCCUGGGGCAGGAGAAAUAGACCCUGGGAGCUAAGGGAUUGGAGCCUCCUUUGCCCAUUUCUCUUCCCUGGCCCUUCUCUAGACUCCCCCGCCCCAUUGGAAAAGGGGUAGGGGUGGGGAUGGUGCUAUGCACUUAAGCUCUGCUACUUGGGCCAGAUGUUUGGGGUCAGCCUUGGUGGGGUUAGGGGUGUGAAGGAUGGAUGCCAGCCGGAGCCCCUGUCCCCCCACUUCCUGCGUUCCCCCCCUUAUGUAUGGACUUUAUUUAAUUUCAUAAAUUGGCUUCUUUCCCACAAAUCUAGGCUUAUGUCAUGAGAGAAGGUGUGUGUGUCUUUCUGUUCUGAGACAUGGUAGCAGAGGCCUGAAGACUGUGACCUGCCUCCACUUACUAACAUGUCCAGCCAUCAUCUCCCCCCACUCACUCUCAUGGCCCCCUUUUGGCUCACGGUCCAGUUUCUUAGGAACCCAGUGAAACCCGUCACUCAGAAGAGGGAUUAGAUUGGGCCUGCUCUGCCCACCAGAGGGCAGAAGUCAACACUAGGUGGAAAUUAGGGCUCAGUUUUGGAUCAUCCAGAGGAAAGUCUUCCUAGGCAAUUAGACCUAGCCAUAAGUGGCAUAUGGGCCGCCCGGGAGCUCUCUUCCUGGGGGUCUUCAGCUCGGUGAGUUGCUGUGCUGGGGGUCUCAUGCAGAGGAUGAACUGGUUCCUGAGCCCCCUCCACUUGUAGGUGUCUGUGGAACCUGACUUGAGGGUGAACCUUUAUGCUUGACUUCUGCCCAAAGGCUGGGAGAUGUAUGGGCUUAUUCUGAGUACUGGUUGGGGGCAGGGAGGGGGAAUUAGGACUAGAAAAUGAGAGUUGUCAUUUAUUAAUAAACAGUAUGGCUUUGA